GUUAACGUUGUACCCCUGGCCCCUCCGAGGCCACCCCCAGCCACCGAUUGAACCGGUGAACCGGAGUCGAAGCAACCCCCAGCUAAGCCCUCGAGAGGCAGUCGUGAGCUUGGUGCCGAGCUGGGGCGAUGCUCGUCGCUCGUGUGUGCUUCGCGAUUGCACCGAGUGCUCGCCAUUCCGUGUCGUUACGCGCGUCGUUCGUCCCGUAUCGACAUCGUCGCGGUCGAUCGUCAUCGUCGCCGCCCUCGACCUCAUCUUCGUAUCCAUCCUCCUCGUCGUCGUUGUCACGGUUCACGUCGUUGUUCCCGAGGCUGCUGCCGCAACGAGGCCCGACGGUGCAACGACCGUGCGACCAUCGGACAGCCGCACGUGAGCACGGCCCUGGAUUCAACGCGAGAUGAGAAGAAACAUCUGACAAAACGGAUCGCAAAGGCAUGGCCAGCAGUACGGAGGAUUACGGGUCGGAAUUACAGGAGCUGCAGUGGGGCGGUGGUAGCGGGUCGCACUUCCUGCGCAGCGGCACUCACUUCCUCAGAAGCGGCACCGGUGGUUGCUACGAAGCUGAGGAUUUAGAGUCCACCAGCAGGCAUCAUGGUGGUCAACACAGGGGAUAUUAUAGCCCUCCGGGUACGAGUUACACGAUCGUCGAGAGACCACCGAGUGCUCCUCAUCACCAUUCCUCGCACACCACACCGUAUAGGCACAGGGGACACACCACUGGAGGCUCUGGUGCUAUUUCGCCGGAACAGGUGCUUCGACUUUUUGGAAAUGGUGUGUCCGAGCGUCGACAGGGCGAUAGGAGAACGCCGGCGUCUUCGCCAGCGAGUGUCGCCGCUGUUCGAAGCACGCCAUCGUCAACGUCCCAGCAGCAACAGCAAUCGCAGCAGUCGCAACAAUCGCAGCCGAAUCCCGCGAAUCCUCCGACAUCACCGAGCUCUCAGCCAUUGAGUUUACAGGAGCUCACCGUAAGGACAAUCACCAUGACGAGAGAUCCACCGGACUCUCACCAUGGCUUUGGGAUCUGCGUGAAGGGUGGCAAGGACGCAGGUGAGAUCCGAAGUACCUUCAGGCUACCUCCAUCGCCGUACUUCGCGCCUCAAGAUCGAGAAGCGCAGUCAGGGGUGGGUGUCUACAUUUCGAGGGUGGAGGAGGGUUCGGUGGCCGAACGUGCUGGACUCAGGCCAGGAGACACCAUCUUGGAGGUGAACGGCACACCCUUCCGGGCGGUGACCCACGAGGAGGCCCUCAAAAUGCUGAAAUCAUGCAGGACCUUGAGUAUGACAGUGCGGGGGCCAGCGUUGGAUCCCCGAUGUAGAGGUGGGCAUCCGGUGUGGUCUUCUUCCGGUCGCCAGCAGUCCUGCAGCUGGAUCGACCGUCAAGGUCGUCCAACAUCACCUCCUCCGCUUUAUCCACCUCGAGACUCGAGGUACGGUCCAAGGACGAGGAAGGUCGAGCUCUGCAUCGAACCCGGUCAGUCCCUUGGUUUGAUGAUCAGGGGUGGCCUUGAGUACGGCCUUGGGAUUUAUGUGACCGGGGUCGACAAGGACAGCGUAGCUGACCGAGCUGGACUCUUGGUAGGUGACCAAAUUAUCGAAGUAAAUGGACAGAAUUUCGAGGAAGCAACACACGACGAGGCAGUGGAAAUUCUGAAGACGAACAAAAGAAUGACUCUGUUGAUUCGCGAUGUCGGAAAAGUGCCACAUUCUUGCACCACGAGUCAACCCAUCGUCAUGCCUACCUCUAGGUAUACCGAACACGAUCCUCUGCUCUUAGAAAGUCCAGGAAAUCAUCGACCACCGAGUCCUACCAUUGCGAGUGAUUGGAGGCACAGAGGCGGUAUGCACACGGUUUCUGCCGCGACAGCAGCGAUGGUGGAAGAAAAGGCGAGGGUGGUUCUCGCGAGAAGCGAGAGGGCUGCACUUUCUCAGCUGCUGGCUGAUUAUAGGACACGUCGAAUGACGAUCGAGGAGUUGGUUGUCAAUUUAGGUGACCUGCUGAACACCCACGAGAAACUGACUCUUCUAACCGAGCUGAGGGAACUCGUCGACAGCAAAGACAGAGCUGCUUUCGACGAUUUGGUUUACAGGCCUCGGGUAGCCAUGGCAAGGAGAAAAGGUGACCGUGCCCACUCGGAUUUAAUAGUGACCCCAUCGCUACACGAUCUUCCGAGGGGUGUACCCAGUGGUUGUUGCCGUCCAGGACGACUGGUGGACGUCGAGGGAGAUCCUCUAGGAGUAACAGGACCUCUUCUGCCACGGGAUAACCAGGAAUAUAGAUCGCCCAGCGAGGACAGCGGUCUCGGGGCCGACAUGCCCAGGACCAGAGUGGGCUGCAGAAGGACGCAGCAGCACCAAGUGACGACCUCCGAUCUCGCCCUCUCCAACGACGACGAGUGCGACAACCAGGACUACGAGGACGAGCUGGAGAACGGACGUGGACGAAGGCACAGCUCGCCUGGUGGAUCACGAGGCAACCCUAGAGAUUACGGCCAUCAUCAUCUUCAUCCGGAUAAUUUGGAGAGCGACGGUGGUUGCGAUGGUAGCGACGCCGAGAUGAUCGGUAAUGGGAGACGCGGAGGCGGAACGGAAAGGAAUCGCGAUAUGGAGGAGGAUGAGGACGAAGGAAGGGAGGAAAGGAGCUCAGAGGGUGGAGGUGGUGGAGGUUUCGGUGGUUGGAGGUCCCACUUGCUCGGUGGGCUAACGCAACGUGUCAAAUCCUGGUACUGGGGCGCCAGGCCCCUCGAACUCGCGCACAAGCUCUCACGGAGCUUUGACAUGCAAGAAGCUCAGCUCCUCGAAGAGGGUGGUUCUGGUGUAGCUACUGCCGGGGCUGGAGGUGCCGGUGGUCCACCACGAAGGCAUCACAGUGCUCAAAGGUUGACUAGAAGCGAAAUGUCGGAGAGAAGAGAAGAAGAUGGCGCCCUUGUGGUUCCUGAUCAUCAGGGUAACCUGAGGAUCACUGUUAAGAAAACCAAGUCGAUUUUAGGUAUUGCCAUCGAGGGCGGUGCCAAUACUAAACAUCCACUGCCCAGAAUCAUCAAUAUACAUGAUAAUGGAGCAGCGUACGAGGCCGGUGGUCUCGAGGUCGGUCAGCUGAUCCUAGAAGUCGACGGUCACAAGGUCGAAGGUCUCCAUCAUCAGGAGGUAGCAAGGCUGAUCGCAGAGUCGUUCGCGAGACGAGACCGCAACGAGAUCGAGUUCCUGGUAGUCGAGGCAAAGAAGAGCAACCUGGAGCCGAAACCGACGGCUCUGAUAUUCCUGGAGGCGUAGCAGGAAUCUCCCACCUCCGAGCCGGAACCACCGUAGCCCAACGUGACCAGAGCUCGGCCCGCGACAUACUUGGAGCGUCGUAGACGCUGAACCGUCUGUUGAAGCUGAAGAGACCGAUGGAACGAGGAAAUCGAUCAUGAAGCUCGUCGAUCGACAAAUGUAACGAAGACAAAUCGACGAAGAGAGAAAAGAAGACGAGCUUGCCUCUUCAUCUUCAUCGAACGCUCUCGAUUCGACGGUCGAGCUCUCAGUCAGGUGCUAACUAAACCUGGCCCUGGUGGUGGGAAUUUUUCAAGAAGAAAAUACAAAGAGUAAAAAAGAAGGAAAGAUAAAGAAGCGCCACGAACAGAGGAGGGGUUAGGCGGCGAGUGAAGCUCGAUUAGCGAGUCAAUGGGAUGAUAAUUACACGAUCGUCGACACUAUCGUGGCUGCCCUCGUUGCUGACGAGCCAGGCUAUCGGAAGCUUCUAAUCCUUCGGCUUUCCAACUUUUUUGAUCCAAGAAGCCGUUUGAUAAGAAUAAAUAUUGUCAAAGUUUGCGACGAGGAAUUAAAGUAGGGACGAGUACAAAAGAGAUAUGGUUUGAAGAGACUAUUUAAGAGAGACACUUUGAGUGUGAGGAUGAUGUUAAAUGAGAGAAGGAAGGUUGACUGUGCCAAACUAUUAGGGAUUGUUUCGUGUAUACUAAUUAUGAUACUCUUAAUCGUAACGAGAUUCAAUCAGAGACUCUGCCAAGACAAGAGAUUCACGAAUAUGUGAGUAGCAAAAUCGUGCGAUCCUGAGUGACGAACUUGUGCUUAACGGACACAAUCACGAAAGCUGUUCACGUGCAUGGAUCGAACGUAUCAAGAGUACGAGGCAGUGAGAUUAUGCGAGACAUGUGAUGAUUCAGUAAAAUGCGUUUUCCAGGAUCCUGGCCGAUGUCAUCGAUCAGGAUUUUCGUUGAUGUAGUUCCUCAAGGGCUUAUUUAGUGGUACCGUGAUGACAAUCCGUUUAACUGUCUUUUAAACGUCUGAGAAAGGUACUUUUUCCAGCUACCACGCAAUUAUUUCAAGUUUUAAAUGUCUAGUUUCAAAGUUCAAAUCUUUUAUUUCAAAUUUUGAAUAAUUAUGAAAAUAAUUGUCAUAUAUUUCUAAAUCUAUCGAAUCACAGCCUGUUAAAAACCUUCGACUACGGAUCCACAAAACUCUAUUUUUGCAUAAAAUCUAGAUAAUCGUAUAAGCAAAUAAUUCGUACUUAAGAGAACCCAACAGGCGGCGAGGAAAAAUGACGAGGAACAAAAUCGACGGAAGUCCUAACCGAGUGGAGCCUGAGAUUAACAUAGACUUAUUAUGGGAAUUGUUGAGGCUUAACAAGAUAUAUUAUAUAUACAUAUAUAUUAUAUGAUAAUAUUAUUAUUGACUAUCGUAGUGGAAUUGCAAACUUGUACCUACCCGAUCACACCUCAAGCGCGCACGGACUUCCGGUUACUGGUGCGCGCUGAGGCGGCACCGAGGAGCGCGCAGAAGGGAAAACUGAGAAGAUUCUAUAAGAAUAUGCGAAAUAUUUUCAACAAGUUUAAAUAAAUAUAGACACCGCGUACUUAGCAAUGGGCCUGAUCGUUCGAAUUUUUCGAGAGAUCGCGGACGAUCGCGCAUAGAAAAAAAAAAAACAAAUUUCUUGAAAAAUCUGAAAAUUUUCGUGAUCGAAGACGAAUGAAGAAAAGGAGAAAGGAAGACAAAUUCUGCACUUUCUGUAAAAUUUGGAGAAAGCGUGAAACGAACAACACGCGAUCACGAGAUCAUAAACGUUUGUUUGCAUAGUGGAUCACGUGGAAAUUAUUUUAGAAUCACGUUCGCGUGAGCGACGAUUCCUUCAAUUCGUACGCGCGCCACGCUUGGAAAACUCGAGGCUGUAUUUUUCAUACAGAGAUUUCAUGCUUUUUCACCUCACCUUGUUCACGUGGAUCACAUCGUUUAGGCAUUUUUUACGAUGAAUCAUAAACACGAUGACGAGAAGAAUUUUCUAAAUGAUACAUUUGUAUCGCCUUAUUGUAAUUGAUGUCUCGAACUUUUCGAUCGUUGUGCACGAUCACGUUGAUUUUCGUCGCUGUGUAAUUUGGAAAAAGAGAGAAGCAACUUGUAUCUACGCGAGUUAGAACAGCGGUUCCUAUUAAUUUCGUUGAAAGAUCUUUAAGUCUUUCUUGGGCAAAAUCUUUUUUAAGUAAAUAACUUGUUCGUACAAUUUAGAGAGUUUUGUUUAAUUCAUUUUAUUAAGUAAGGAGAAAGUAGAAUUCGUACGUGUUUCAGUUCUUCCGGAUCGUUUUACAAAGCACAGAGAAUUAAAUUUCAAAUUAAGUAGAAAGUUCGAUUUUCUUUCGUGAGUUGAAAGAAUAUUUGCUUUGUGGAACUGCUUCGUUAGUAUUGACAAACCGUUUUUCGCUAACUAUUUAUAACGUAAUUGUUACCGCAAUAAUUACAUUUAAACGAGUAGUAGUUACUAAUUAUCAAUUCGUGAGUAUAAACGUAGCGACUGUUGUUGUAAAAGUAAAUGGUUAUUGAUACGUCUUGUUUAAUAUCUCUACCUGUUAUCAAGUUAAACGUAAUUUUACGAAUAGUAGUGUGUAUACGUUGAAUGUCGACGAGUCCACAAGUCGUUCUAUCGAAUGCCGAUGAUCGUCCGCGAUCUUGCUCGCUUUAACAAAAAUGAUAAAAAAAGAUAAAAAGAUGCAAAAAAAAUAAAACGUGAAAAAAAUACCGCGCAAGCUUAAGUAGUAAAUUAUCGCGUAUAUGUAACGAAAUAGCCGAAUCGGGACGCAGGCCAAUGAGAGAAAGCGAGAAACGAUUCGACGAAAGCCACUGACGGUUCAAAGAUUCGCGUUUAAACAAAUUCCAAUGGAGUUUUUCGAUAAUAUCGUGUCACGAAUAUAAACGUAUUGUCAGAGUUUAUGUCAUAGAAUUACUGUUUUAUAAGAACAUCUAGUCAAAUAAGGUAAUAUAUCGUUUAAAUGAUAAUUCUUGAAAUAUUUCAUUCAAAUAAUACGUAAGCCCUUUUAUCUAAUUUAAUUCUUUGCAUUACUUAAUUUAUAAGGCUACUUUUCCAUAAAAAUUCUCAAUAAGUAUUUAGAUAAUAUUACUUUUAUCUGAAAUGAUCAAGCUAUACUAUUACGGUAUAAACACUUUUAUAUUCGCAUUAAUUUUUAAACAUUCUUUUUUUAAUGUUUAAAAAUUUAAAAAAAGUUUAAAAAAAGAGAGAAGGAAUCGAAUUUUUUGAUCGUCAGUGCGCUAACCAAGAAAGCACGUUUCAAAACAGUAAUGUACCUGGACGCGUGUACGACGUAUUCCGGUAAAUGUGCCAAAGAGAAGAAAAAGCUACACGGAGAAGAAGAAAGAAAAGGAAGAGAGAAGAACGUUAGCGUGGAAUUCGAGCGCGGAAAGCGGGAAAGUUGUGCAUACAAUUACAAGUGCAAAAUGCAAAACAAGACGGAAACUAUUACGAGUGGACGAUCUAGAGAAGAAAAGAAACCGCAAAGAAAAAACGAAAAGGAAGGUUUUUCGUAGCUGGUGUGCACUCGAGUUGUUUUCUUCGUUGUUGCUUUGUAUCGCAAGGAUGCAAUUGCACCGCUUGUCGCGAACAAGCCACGGGAUUAAGAAACACGAGAAAUAGAAACAAAAAAGAGACUAAGAUGGGAAAUAAAAGAACAAAGAUGGGAACGAUAGGUAAAACGCGGCUAGUUGCUAUUCGGCUAAGCAAACAGACAAAACUAAAAAAUACCUCGUGUGUUAGUGUUUCUUCCUGUUUUCGAAGCGAAUUUUUCUAACGAAGCAUCCAAAAUAAAUUCGACGUCCCGGAUAAAGAACAAGGAAUAAAAGAAGAAGAACGAAAGAUGAAAAAAAAAACAUAGGAGGAAAAAUCACUAUGGAAAGUGGGACAAGAGAUGAAAAGAAACGAAAGAAAGAAGGAGAUGAUAUUUUUGUAAAAGCCUUCGAUGUAUAACGCAAUCACCGGAGCGAUUCGAAGAUCUCAGCUGACAUAUCCGACAAUGCCUUACCGCUUUGAUGAAACGAUGAAAGAAACAAGAAAAAACGAAUGGGUUCGUGAAAGCGACGCGAACCGAUCACGAUCGAGGAAAAUGUUCGUUGGAACUUCCCAUUGAUCAGCGUCAGUGGAUACAGUACGGUGCGAAGCAAUUGGCACACACAGCAUUGGCUUUUCGAUCUUUCGAUUUUGCUUAACGAUCGGACACAGAGCGGAGCGACGCUGAUAAUCUUUCUGGUUGAAGAGUUAUGUAAAGCAGAAAAGUGGGAAAAACUGGUUCUAUCGGGCUCGGUUCGAAACGGAGAGCGUUGUUUAUAAAUGUACGCUAGAAUCGGUAUUCCUAUUUUUUAAACUCGUGCAAGUAAUCUUAAAAACGAGAGAAACGUUUACUCGAAAUUUGGAAUAUAUGAAGGAAGAGAUUUGUCAGAGUUUAAACGUAUUUUUUGCUUCUCGCGAGAAUAAAAUAAAUGAUAUUCGAUUUGGAAAUGAAUUAUCCAGGUUUCUUAAUUAAAUGUUCGAAGAGGAACCUGUAAAUCUAGACGUAAGAAAAUUUACAAGAGUCUUUUCUCUUUUCGUUUCAUUUAAAUACGUUCAACUGAAAAAGUUAUCAGUAAGUUUCUCCAUCAUCCAAUUGCAACAAAAAUAUAUCAAAACUAUGAUACAAUAGAAAUGAAAGGAAAUAUCUAUCGUUUAAAGACUGCCAAACUGUUGCAAUUAACCACGUAAUUACAUUAACGGCUUCAUUAUCUUGCACGAUGUAUGCUUCACGGUCGCUGAUCCUCCGAUCCCAUCGAGACAAGAAGAGAAAACAGAUUCGUCGCUAGCUAUUUUUCCACACACAAGUUCCCUUUAUUCCACAGCAGACGAAGGUUUCGAACGUUUCAAGAAAAAUACUGUCGCUCUCGGUCGAUCGCUUUUCAAUUUCUCAAAAAAUAUCAGCUACUGCAAACAGAGAGAGACAGAGAGAGAAAGAGAGAGAGCCAAUCUAUCGUAUCAAUGAGCCAUCGUGAUUCCCCUUCGAUCAAUGAUAAUCGCUGAUAUAAUAUAUCAUAUGAAUAUGUCGAUGAUACUUUUGGUUCGAUUAUAAAUUCAUUUCCAGGGAUGGAAGUUUCGUGCGUUGAAAUAAAUUUUAAUGAACACGAUUUCUAUAUGAAAAUCAGAUUAGUCGCGAGACGAUUGACCACCUUUCUCCAACGAAAACUGUUUUCUCUGAGAAAAUCGGAAACCGAUUUUCUUUACCACGAGCUCGAGCGUUCGCCUUUAGUCUGGCAUUAAAGUCUCCGCGUUAUUUACGUUUCUCUUGCCGCUUUCGUCGUUUUUUUCUUUGAUAAAAAUAUUCAAUAAUUUGUUGCUUCUUAUUAGUUAAUAUUGGUAAUUAAAAACAGCAUUAUAAUAUUGAUUUCUUCAAAUUUGAAAAAUUUAAGAAGUUGAAAAUUAUUCUAUUGAAGUUAAGCGAUCGGAAAGAUAGUAAUUGUUUAUUUUAAGAAAUUGCUUGAGCGAGUAACCAGAACUAGGUGCCUUAACGAAAUAAUUCUUUCCAUUUUUUCUUCUAAUUUCGUAAAACAAUUAUAUCUACUUAAGAUUUAUGAACCUACGUAUAAAUUUAAAAUUACCUCAAGUGAAAGAAAAUGAAUUCCAAAGAUUCAAGCGAUGUCCUACGAUCAAUAAACACACGACGAGACGAUUAGUCUACGAUCGAUGUCAAUUAAUUAACCUUUUGUACUCCAAUGGCGAUGUUUCUCACAUACCUUUCAUCGACACAAAACGAAAAUGAGCAGAAAGCUACUGUACAAAUAAAUUUACCUUUCAUUUCAAUACAUUUCACUGUAAAAAUGCGCUGAAGUGGUGUGUCGAUCGAAUUAUAAAGAUACUCAAAGUGCAAAGGGUUAAAGUUCGAAGGGGAAGCGAGAAAACGAGCGAGCAAUCAGUGGCGAUAGAUGGUAGGUGUUUCGGCUAGAAAAGAAUAAUUAGACGAGGACGAACAGGUUUCGUCCAGUAAACCCGAGAUUAUCUUAAAUAAUAGCGUUAGCUCCUACAGGACACAAAAAGCAUGCUGCGAAGUCAGAAAAGAAAGAGCGUAAUCUAGCAGAGAGCGAUUUAUUUUUUCAACGACAAAAGAGAAAAGAGAAUCAAACCUGAGAGACAAACACGGACUCGUACCACGUUAAAACCUGUCCAGCUUUCGCACGUUCACCAUCCGCAAACUUGCUUUUUCUCGAUCGACCGUGGAACCGUGGGUGCGAGCGAGCAUUGAAAUCGAUCCUCUGGUCGGUGAUCGAGAUCGAUCGUACGAUGAAAGGCGAACCAGGGAUUUCGAACGUUUCGAAGAGGAAGCACGUGACUUCGCUCCAGGAAAUACUACUUCCAUUUCUUGCAAUCGAUGGUGAUUGGAAGGAGGAAAAAUCGAUUGAGAAAUUGCAUUAGAUAUAAAAAUUCAGGAAUUGGAUUCAGCUUUAAUUCCAUUAGAAAACGUGUUUGAAUCGAAGUUGAAGAAAUAAGAAUUUCCCACUCGAAACAAAUAUCAACUCGAUUCUUACUAUCGAACGAUUUCUGGCAUUCAAAAUCAAAAGGACAAUGUAUAGAAAAUUCCUAAUUGUCGAGUAUUUGGAAUGUUUUCUCUGUCGGAUAUUACAGCAAAAUUCUUCGAGACAAAAAUUUCGCAUCCGCGAUUAACGAUCUUAAAUACGAUCGAUUCUGAAUGAUAAGAAAUUCUUAAUGUCAUAAAUUUUAUGAAACGUUACAAAAGUCUGUCUUGCAACGAAAUACUUUAAGAGAAAAAGCUAGCAUCCACGAUACCACGUCGCCUCAGUCUCGAAAGUCGAUCGACAAACGUAAUUCGCGUGAAAUCUUUAGCUUAAGCUUCGUACGCAUCCUCGUAAUCGAACGUCAAGAUAAACGAGCGAGAAGAUUGAAAAAAGAAGAGGAUCCACAGGGGACGAUUCGCUUGACGAAUGAAAAAUAAAAUCGAAACAUUAUGCAAAAGCGAGUCGACUAUAGUGGUCGGCGGAUAAAAGGGCUAAUCGAAUUGUAAAGCAGAUGUAACUGUACUCGUAACGUUUCAAGGAACACUCUGUACAUAAGCAAACCGCUCGUUCAUACCGCAUUUCAUAGAUCAUCCUUUUUGCAGCCGAUUUCGUACACCUUUAGAGACACAUAUACACGUACGUUCUACACUUACAGAGACCAAACAAAUUUACACGACUGUGUAACACAUAACAACAACACGAAGAAUCGUUCCAAAGGAUGAAAACGACGAGGCUCGUCGCGUUAAUUAACGACCCGUCGAUUAAUACGCUCAUCGUCGUGGAACGGAGAUAGAAGAGAUCGCACGUAUGAAAUUGUUACACCAGGAACAUGUAUACAAUGAUACGUUGCGCGUAUACAGGGUGUAAAAGAAAUAUGUGCCACGAUCUUAUCGUAUUCGACUCGUUGUGCAACCAUAUUGUGGAAAAUAAUUAGAUUUCUAGGUCUGUUUUCUUUUUCCUAUUUUUAGAACGAAGUAUGGAAAAUUUGUAACUUUGACAGUAGAUGUGUUUCGCUUUAGAAUCGAUGGAAUUUCUUAUUUAUUAUAAACUCGUGUCAAGUAAUAAAUUGCUACGUUUGAACAAGUACUAGUUGCAUAGCACGUACAAUUAGUCGAUAAAAAGUUAAUAAAUUGAUCGAACGAUUGAUAAGAAUACUUUCGUUCUUUAAUGAGACGAUACCGGAGUUUUGUGUGUCGCUGAACAACACGCAGCAAAUUUUUGGAUCUUCCAGUUAGUUGGAAUUUGUAGAUCUAUUUGCCUUAGUAAAAUUCUUCUUUAAAUCUGUGCUUUUUUAUUUGGUUGAAAUAGAAUAGUACGUUGAAGGAAGAUCAUCAAACGAUUCUUUUACACCCUGCGUAUACGAAUACACGACUACACGAUACAUUCACGGACACGCGUAGAAUAAAUGUAAAGGGACAAAAGGAAAUUCAUCGUUUCUCCGAGUGUAACGCGCGCGACCAUAUUGUUUAAUUAUUGUUAAAAAUCGCAGACGCUUUAAUUGUUUGUUCGAAUUGUUGUUGUUCAUUAUUGUUACCGUUGUCAUUAUUAUCGUCGUUGGAUGUCGCGUAACGUGAUUACGAUCACCAUUCAGCCUGUCGAUUUGUCCUUUUUUGCGUUAUUAUUAUUAUAGUCAUUAUAUUAUGAUUACGACCGUGAAUAUUAUUAUUAUUAUUAUUAUUAUUAUUAUUAUUAACAUCACCACCGCGACGAUGACGAUUAUUAUUGUAAUUGAAUAAAACGUUCACCACGAGAGGUAUGAAUAUUUA